AUGGGGGCCCUACAGGAUGGACCUCGGUGCUGUGCCCAAGUCAUCCACUGGGAAAAGCUCUCUGGGGAAGAAAAGCACGGAGGGGCGUUGGCUCUUCUCCAUCUGCAUGGCCAGGAGCUGGCUUGGGCCCUCACUAGCAGCAGUGUGGUGGUAACAGUGGGGGCCCCUGGGACUCUGAGCAGUUGUGGCGGGCAGGCCGAGGACCAAUGGUCAAGGACCAGGGACUCAGAGCCCGCAUUCCGCAGGAUCUCAGCCCAUGGCGCCUCGGGCAGCAAAGGUGCCAAGAACCACCUAUCACUGGCACAUGGAAUCUUCGUCUCUGCCGUCUUCUCCCUUGGUUGCGGGAGAGCCGUCUUAGGGAGAGGAGGCCUGUCUGGAAGGAAGCAGAGCGGCUCAAGCGCCCCAGAGCGGGAGCUGGGUAGAGGGAGGGCCGCUGAGGAGAGGGCGGCGACGAAUGGGAUCGAAGGGGUCCCAGGGUCCUGGUGCUGGGCAGGAGGCGGCGGAGGUGGUGGGGGCGCCACCUGCGUCUUUCGGCUGCGCACGGGUGAGCCGAGGCCGCUGCUGGUGGCGGCCGCAGGAGGCAGUCGGGCGUACUUGAAGCGGCAGGACCGAGGGGCUCAGACCACUGUCCAGAAACUAGAUAGCCGCUCGGUGGCGCCCAGGAGCAGCUGGAGAGGCGGGGAGGCAGGAAGUGAUGCCUCAGAGACUGACAUUCCCUGGACUGAUGAGGAAAGUGCAGUUUUUGUCAUACACCCCAACAGUGAGUUCUGCCUGCAGCUUCUGGCAGGUGAGGCUUGGCCCAGCCUAGUCCUGGAUGCUGCCCCCGGGGCUUAUGGCGGUUUUCUCAGCCAAUUUCAUUCUGCUCAGCUGAAUCCUCUCCCUCCUUCUGAGAGCCUAAUGCACCCUGAAUCCCCAGCCUCCAUCCUGCUCCCUGCUGUGGUGAAUUAUGGAUCCCAGUAA